AUGGAUGUGAAAUAUGCAUUUCUCAAUGGAUACCUGAAUGAAGAAGUAGGAUUCAAAAAGGGAUAUGCCAAUCGGACUCUAUUUGUCAAGACUAAUGAGAACUACCUUCUUGUGGCUCAAGUAUAUGUUGAUGACAUUGUAUUUGGAGCUACCACAAAUGCUCGAGCUAUAGAGUUCUUCGAGGAGAUGAAGAAAGAAUUUGAGAUGAGUAUGGUGGGGGAGCUUACAUUUUUCUUGGGCCUUCAACUCAAGCAACAACUCAAGCAAAAGAAGGAAGGUAUAUUCAUUUCACAAGAAAAAUAUGCUAGAAAUCUUGUCAAGAAGUUUGGAUUAGAUUCCAAAAAGCAUGCCUCCACUCCCAUGAGUUUAUCCACAAAGCUUAAUCUUGAUCCUUCUGGGGAAGAAGUAAGUCCAACUUUGUAUAGGAGCAUCAUUGGGAGUUUGCUCUAUCUUACGGCAAGUAGAUCGAAUAUUGCUUUUAGCAUGGGAGUUUGUGCUCGAUAUCAAGCCGCUCCAAAGGAAUCCCACUUGACUGCUAUGAAGCGAAUCAUACGAUAUGUUAAUGGCACUCCGGAUUACGGCUUGUGGUACUCAAAGGAUUCCAAUGCAUGCCUUGCGAGGUAUUUAAAUGCAGAUUGGGCUGGAAGUGUGGAUGACUGGAAGAGUACCUCAGGUAGCUGUUUCUAUCUUGGCAACAACCUUGUCUCUUGGAUGAGCAAGAAACAAAAUUCAGUGUCACUCUCUACGGCAGAAGCAGAGUACAUAGCUAUUGGGAGCUACUGCACACAACUUCUCUAG